CAAAUCUUGAACAAUAAUAUGACCUGAAACGAGAUGCGUUUUUAGUAUUGUGAAGCCCGCACAAGAAAUAUAUUAGUUUAUUGUAAAUAGGUACAUCAAUAAGCAUUAUUGUUGUUGAAGAUGAGAAAUAUUAAAAUUUUUCUAGUGAUUUUUCUUUGUUUUGGUUGGUGCAGUGCUGAAAAUCUACUACCAUCCUACAUAAAACCAUGCAUCAAAUCGGACCCACAAAUCCACAAAUGCGUACAAGAAAACAUUAAGAUAUUGAGGCCAAAAUUAAAAGUUGGUAUUCCGGCUUUGUUUAUACCACCUUUAGACCCUUUAGUAUUACCACCAACACCUAUUAAUGAAGGAGAUCAAGUUACAGUUACUUUCACGGAUAUCGAAAUUUAUAAUGCUGAUGAAUUUUAUUUGGAUGAAUUUGCUAUGGAUUUUGUGCAGAAUAGAGUGAAUUUAAGCAUAAGGUUUCCCUAUCUUCGCAUAAAAUCGAAAUAUAACAUUAGAGGAAGAUUUUUAUUGGUAGAUCAUAAUGAAACUGGACCAGCUGAUGGUAAUUAUACAAAUUUCCGAGUUAAUUUAACUCUUAGGGGAACUCCUUUUACUGUAAACCAAAAAUCCUACAUAAAAUGGAAAAACGAAACCAUUUCAAUUGAAAUUGGAGAUUCUCAACUGGAAUUGGAAGGCCUUUUUGGCAAUCAUACUGAAAUAUCGGAAAAAACUAAUAAACUAAUAAAUGAAAAUUUCAAUCUGAUAAUAGCUGAUUUAAAGCCUGUCUUACAGGAUGUGGUGUCAAAUUUUGUAUCCGGUAUUGUUAAUAACUUGUUUGCUAGUUAUACGUUGACAGACUUGUUUAAACAGUAGUGUUUAGUAAAACUGUUCAGAAUAAUAAGGAUACCUGAAUAAUUGUUAGUGUUAUAUCGAAUUUGCCAAGCAAAGUAGAUAUAAUAUUAGGUGUGAUUGAAAUGUUUUGAUAAUAUCUACCUCGCUGAUCCAAAAAUUGGUCUGAAUGUUCAUAACUAUACUUCUAUCUGUAUAAUGUAUAACGCUGUAAUAUUUAUUUCUAUUAGGUAAUUGAAAAUUAAUUUUUUUUACGGGAUGUUUUAUUUUUCAAGCAUUUAUACAAUUGGUCUACUAUUGAAGUUACUGAAAUGCAAAGUUUUUUGCCGAAAAAUGUAACCAAAUCUCAAAAUAGUAAUUUAGCUUAUAACUUAGAGCUGAAAAAAAUAAUAUUUGUUUUUUUUUUUUGGAUGAGGAGAAAGGAGAGUAAUCUGCGAAUCAAAUAAAAGUUUCUCAAACCCAA